GUUGCAUCAGUUUCGCAGCAGGUGACCCCCACCCCUCCGCCAAAAUCCGGCUAUUAGAUGUUACCACGAGGUUGAUCAGGAGAAGCCACCAUGUCUUAAACCCAGACGGGCCCUCCGGAGCCCUGUCCCCUCACCCUGGACCCCCCUCCCCCUCCCCCAUCCACCACCUCACCCCUUCUCCCAGCCCCAUCCCGCUCCCGGACCUCCCUGCACAUGCGAGGGACAGGCUACCCAGCCCUGGCUCCCCGCUGGCGCACCCCUCCCCUCCCUCCGGAGAGAUGAGCUUGCAGAAGCACCAGCAGCUGGGCGGCAGCAGCGGUGGGGUGAUGGGCUCCGACAGGGACCUGCAGUCCACCGCCUCCUCCAUCUCCCUGCCCUCUGUGAAGAAGGCCCCCAAGAAGAGACGCCUCUCCCUGGCGUCUCUUUUCAGACGGAGAGGACGAGAGUCCAAAUCGGGGCGCCAAAGGUCUCGAGAGCUCCAGUACCCGGGACCCGGAGGGCUCGGAGGGCUGGACGGCAUCGCCAGCAUCGAGAGCAUCCACUCCGAGAUGUGUAACGAUAAGAACUCUGCCUUCUUCUCCGUGGCUGGGACCGGAGCUGCCUCUGCCAACGCCGCCGCCAACGCUGCUGCUGCUGCUGCUGCUGCUGCUGCUGCUACUACUGCUGCUGCUGCUGCUGCCUCCACCUCAUCCGCCUCGGGGCCUUCUUUCUCUACCUCCUCCUCCUCCUCCAAGGCAGGGGGCGGGGCGGGGAGCGAGCUACUGGAGUGCCCGCUGUGCCUUCUGCACCACUCCAGGGAGAGCUUCCCUGACAUCAUGACCUGUCACCAUCGCUCCUGCAUCGACUGCCUCCGCCAGUACCUGCGCAUCGAGAUCUCCGAGUCGCGCGUUAACAUCAGCUGCCCCGAGUGCUCGGAGCGCUUCAACCCACACGACAUCCGCAUGAUCCUGGGCGACCGGGCGCUAAUGGAGAAAUACGAGGAGUUCAUGCUGAGGAGGUGGCUGGUCGCUGACCCUGACUGCCGCUGGUGCCCUGCGCCGGACUGUGGGUAUGCGGUGAUCGCCUUCGGGUGCGCCAGCUGUCCCAAGAUCACGUGCGGCAGGGAAGGCUGCGGCACGGAGUUCUGUUACCACUGUAAGCAGCUGUGGCAUCCCAACCAGACCUGCGAUGCAGCGCGGCAGCAGAGAGCCCAGAGCCUCCGCCUCAGGACGGUGCGCUCGUCCUCCCUCAGCUACAGCCAAGAGAGUGGAGCUGCAGCUGAUGACAUCAAACCGUGUCCACGCUGCGCCGCUUACAUCAUCAAGAUGAACGACGGCAGCUGUAACCACAUGACCUGCGCUGUCUGCGGCUGUGAGUUCUGCUGGCUCUGCAUGAAGGAGAUCUCAGACCUGCACUACCUGAGUCCGUCAGGCUGUACAUUCUGGGGGAAGAAGCCGUGGAGCAGGAAGAAGAAGAUUCUGUGGCAACUUGGAACACUCGUGGGCGCCCCCGUCGGUAUCGCGCUCAUCGCCGGCAUCGCCAUCCCCGCCAUGAUUAUCGGCAUCCCCGUAUAUGUGGGAAGGAAGAUCCACAACCGUUAUGAAGGCAAAGAUAUCUCCAACCACAAGAGGAACCUGGUGAUCGCUGGUGGAGUGACGCUCUCCGUCAUUGUGUCUCCAGUGGUGGCUGCAGUCACUGUCGGCAUUGGAGUUCCUAUCAUGCUGGCGUAUGUCUACGGCGUGGUGCCCAUCUCACUGUGCCGCAGUGGAGGCUGUGGUGUCUCAGCUGGGAACGGAAAAGGAGUUCGCAUCGAGUUUGAUGACGAGAAUGACAUGAAUGCAGGCAGUGGGGCAGCCGCCACUGAUACGACAUCAGUGGCAGACACCAGGAACAACCCUAGUAUAGGGGAAGGUAGUGUUGGGGGGCUGACAGGCAGCCUGAGUGCCAGUGGCAGUCACAUGGACCGACUGGGGGCCAUCAGGGACAACCUGAGUGAGACGGCCUCCACCAUGGCCCUGGCUGGAGCCAGCAUCACUGGCAGCCUGUCUGGCAGUGCCAUGGUUAAUUACUUAAACAGGCUGGAGGUACAGGCUGACGUACAGAAGGAGCGAUGCAGUCUCAGUGGUGAGUCUGGCACCGUCAGCCUGGGUACAAUCAGCGACAACGCUAGCACCAAAGCAAUGGCUGGAUCCAUUCUUAAUGCCUACAUGCCCCUCGACAGAGAUGGGAACAGUAUGGAAGUCCAGGUCGACAUCGAAUCUAAACCCGGCAAACUGCGGCACCACAGCGGCGGCAGCAGCGUGGACGACGGCAGCCAAGUAGGCCGCUGUGGCUGGACCUGCCCCUCCAACGGCUGCAACUCCUCAGAGGGCAAAGGAACCUCCACCAAGUGGGCCAAAGAGGCGUCCUGCUCGUCAUCUUCCAGCUCGGGGGGCAAAAAGAGCAAAGGCAAGCUGCGCAAGAAAGGCGGCGGUGGAGGAGGAGGAGGAGGAGGUGGAGGAGGCACCAAGAUCAACGAGACGCGGGAGGACAUGGACGCUCAGCUGCUGGAGCAGCGCAGCACCAACUCCUCGGAGUUCGACUCGCCUUCUCUGAGCGGCAGCCUGCCCUCGGUGGCCGACUCCCACUCCAGCCACUUCUCUGAGUUCAGCUGCUCCGACCUGGAGAGCAUGAAGACCUCCUGUAGCCACGGCUCGGGCGGAGGUGACUACCACACCCGCUUCGCCACCGUCAGCCCUUUACCCGAGGUGGAGAACGACCGCCUCGAGAGCUGCCCCGCCGCCGCUGCUGCUCCUCCUCCUUCUUCUUCUUCUUCUUCUUCUUCGUCCUCCUCCUCCCAGGGACAAGGAGUCGCGAUCACUCCCCACUCCCCCACCUCCACCAGCUCCUCCCUGGGCCACGGCGCAGAGCUCUCCCCCCUCUGCUUCAUCACGGAGGAGAACGUGAGCCUGGUGUACCCCGCCGAGCCGGACUCUCACAGCAACACCGGAGAGCUGCUAAAAGAAACCAACAACAACAACCACCAUCAACCGCACCACCCAACCCAAACCCAGCAGCAGCCCAAGAACUCGUGUAUACAGACUGACAUAUAGAAUCUCAAAACCUUAAGUGCUGCACAGACGCUCUGUUUUUAUUUAACAUCUUUUUUUUUUUCCUCCACCAAACUAACAAUCCUAGUUUACAGUUUAAUCUGCAUUUCUGUUAUUCCCUUGUAAAAGGGGGGACAUGUUAUUUUGGGAUCAAUGUCUUUAUAAAA